UGGUAACACUGAAUGUUGGUCUUGUGAUCACAGACAAGUGUAAAAGCAGGAGUAGGUACAAGUAUAAAGUCACUCAUUUUAAUCGUUUAAGAAUUUUUUAUUAAAUUCGUCAUCGCUUAAUAUCGACGGCAGACAUGGUGGAACGGGCGAAUAUUAAAGAAAUUAUUCCAGCAUUACCCGACGAGAAAAUUGAUAUGCUCGCCGCUACGAGUGCUCUGCAGCAGCAAGCAGCUGAAAUAAGAAAUCAAAGAAUUAAUUGGCAGUCAUAUCUACAAUCACUAAUGAUACCUAAAGAAGAUUAUGACUUUAUAGUAGCUUUUGAUACAAGCGAUCCUCAUGUUCGGGAAGAAAAAUUAAAGGAAAAUCCACAUCAAGCUGCAAAGACUUUUCUCAAUCUUCUUGAUCAUAUUUCAAAAGAACAAACAACACAAUAUAUUCUUACAAUGAUAGAUGAUAUGCUGCAGGAAGAUCGUAGUCGUGUUGAAAUAUUUAGAGAACAUUCUUCACGUAAACGAGAGUCAAUUUGGGGACCAUUCCUUAAUUUAUUAAAUAGGCAAGAUGGUUUUAUAUUAAAUAUGACUUCUCGUAUUAUAGCUAAGUUAGCUUGUUGGAGUCAUGAAUUAAUGGAAAAAACUGAUCUCCAAUUUUAUCUAACUUGGCUAAAAGAUCAACUUAAACUGAGUUUUGAAGCUCUUCAGGAGACAGAUUUGCAUGCAGAAGUAACGCAGGAUAAUUCUAUGGAGGAGGCAGGGGAGGCCAAUGAACUGCACGAAUUACAUAAUCCGAAUAAUGAAUACAUUCAAUCUGUCGCACGAUGCCUUCAAAUGAUGUUACGUGUAGAUGAAUAUCGUUUUGCAUUUGUCUCUGUCGAUGGAAUUUCAACACUUUUGAGUGUCUUGUCUGGCAGAGUAAAUUUCCAAGUACAAUAUCAACUUAUUUUCUGUCUAUGGGUACUUACAUUUAAUCCAUUACUCGCAGAAAAAAUGAAUAAAUUUAAUGUUAUACCAAUUCUUGCGGAUAUAUUAAGUGAUUCUGUUAAAGAAAAAGUGACUCGAAUUAUUCUCGCAGUAUUUAGGAAUCUUAUAGAAAAAGUGGAGGAUGGCCAAGUAGCCAAGGAACACUGCAUUGCAAUGGUUCAAUAUAAAGUAUUGAAACAAUUAUCUAUUUUGGUACAACGUAAAUUCGAUGAUGAGGAUAUCACGGAUGAUAUAGAAUUUUUGAACGAUAAAUUAUUAGCAUCUGUACAAGACUUAAGUUCAUUUGAUGAAUACUCAACAGAAAUAAAAUCUGGUCGUCUCGAAUGGUCACCUGUUCAUAAAUCUGGAAAAUUCUGGCGGGAAAAUGCUAGUCGAUUGAACGAAAAAAAUUAUGAACUUUUACGCAUUUUAGUUCAUUUAUUGGAAACAAGUAAAGAACCUAUGGUUUUGAGUGUAGCUAGUUUUGAUAUAGGAGAAUAUGUGCGCCAUUAUCCACGAGGAAAACAUGUUAUUGAACAAUUGGGUGGUAAACAACGAGUAAUGCAAUUAUUGGGCCAUGAGGAUCCAAAUGUAAGAUAUGAGGCUCUUCUUGCUGUUCAAAAACUUAUGGUGCACAAUUGGGAAUAUUUAGGAAAACAAUUAGAAAAAGAACAAACUGGAGCAUCAGGAACUAAGUCUGGUGCACAAGUACCUGCUAAAGCUUAAUAUUUUGCAAUAGUGGGUAGCUAUUUAUCUUUUAGAUAAGCAAUCGUAUAAAUGCUUACAUAUUUUAUUAAGUAUUGAUAUUGUAUGGUUAUGUGAUAUAUAAUUUACUUAUCUGUAUAAAUCGAUAUCACUAUGUACUAAUAUUAUGUACAAACAGCUUAAUUUGCAACAAGACAAGAUAGUCCAUAAAAAAUGUUCUAUUGUCUUGUUAUUCCAUUAAAUCUGAUUCAUUACUUCCAUGUAUAAAUUAUUAAUGAAUCAGUUUUUAUGUAUAUAUAUAAAAAUUCUUUAAAUGUAAAUGUUGUAUAGCCACAAAUAUUUAUAUGUGUGGUACGAUCGUAUUACUAGAGUAGUAUAUAACAGAUUUUUAAAAUUUAAGGAAUGUUAGAAAAAAUGAAAAUAUAUGCCAAUGUUAAAAUAUAUAACAAAUAUAUUUUCCUUCAUUUUUCUACAAAUGAUAAUUUGACAUUAAUAUUGCAGCAAGUAAGUUGAGUUACAAGGUAUUUAAAUAUGUAAGGAAUAUCAAUUUCUUUCACAGAUUCAUCAUCCCCACAAAGUCUACACUUUUGUUUCUUUUCAGUUAUACCUGUUGGGUUUACUGAUAGUUCUAACACUGGUCCUAAUAACGUUCCACACUUUUGACAAACUAAAGCCUAGAAAAUAACAUUUUAUAAAUAAAUAAAUAUAUACGGUUAAAAAAUAAAUAUUUUGAAUUAGGAUAUAAAAGAAAUACAAUUACUUACAGUUGUUUUAUCAGAGCAAUGGAAAAGACGAUCCUGAAGAAGAAAUGAACAUCCAUGAGAUAUUAAAGAAUCUCGUUCCAUUUCUCCAAAUCGAACACCACCACCUCGUCUCCGUCCUUUUAUUGGUUGUCUCGUUAAGACAUCAAUGGGACCAGUACUUCUUACCUGUUAAAAAAAAAAAAAAAACAAAAAAAAAAUUGUAUUCUCACAUAAUUUAUAUUACCAGUAUAAUUAACGAAAAGAUACAAACCUGCCAUUUGUCUGAGACCAUAUGACGUAAUCUCUGAUAAUGUACAAUUCCAAAAAAUAUAUCAACUGUCAUUUCACGUCCAUCGA